GCGUAAUUAAUUCAUUAGAGUAAAAAAAUAAUGAUAUUUAACUAAGUGGUCGGGAUCAUCAUCCUGGCAAUCAACAUGACGAUGCUGAGCUGGAAGUCUGGACCUCGGUCGGCGAUCCCGUGCCUGCAAUCCAUCAUGGCGCCGACUGUGUUUCUGCUGGCACUGCUGCUGCUGAUGCAUUACUCUCCUUCCGCGUCGGGACAGCUGGUCGCGACCGAUACCGACUUCACUUUACACCAGAGCACAGACCAAGACGAAAUGACCUUCAAGAGGGCAGCGGCGGACAACCUGACUCAUUGCAUGCACUUGUGCAAGUGGGAAUACCGACCAAGAUGCAGGGGGCUCGUGUUCAUCUCGGCGACGAACGAGUGGGUCAAGGGCAAGUACAACUGCAUCCUCAAGAAGAAAAUUAUGCCGGUGCUGUUCGACAGCCAGGUGGACCGCACCGUGGCCGUGGCAUGCUUGCCGGAGAACGAGGACAGGAAGGAGGAAGAAAACGACGUGGAGAUCGAGGAGGAAGAGGGUGUAGAUGAGGAGAUAGAGGAGUCGGAGGGCAGCCCAAAUGACGCGAUGAGAAACAUGUAUGAGGAGAAGGAGGGAGCGGAAGAGAAGGAGGAUGCAUGGGGGGAGGACAAAGCCGAGGAGGAGGGGAUGACGAAGAGAAGGAGGUGGAGAAGGGGGAGGAUGGGCAAGAUCAGUUCCAUGAAAAAUAAAUAAAAAAAAUGAAGGGGGAUGGCUUGAAGAUAAACAGAAAGGGAAAAAAAAAAAGAUGAAUUGUGUCAGACAAGCACGGAAAACAUAUCAUUGAUGCAGCAUUGAUAAAAGCAAGCCCUGAAC